GGCAGGCGAGUGCCAGCGGAGCCGAGCGGAGCGCUGUCAGCCGAGGAGCGAUGGCCUCGGUGGGACCCUCCGCAACAUCCACGCAGCCCGCCCUGCCCUCCGGACCCGCCGUCUUCAAAACCAUCCCCUACGCCUUCAUCCUGCCGGAGAUCCUCUGCGGGACCUGGGUGUGGAUCCUCGUCGCUGCUACCUCCGUCUCCUUGCCGCUGCUUCAGGGAUGGGUGAUGUACGUGUCCCUCACCUCCUGCCUCAUCUCCCUGCUGCUCCUCUUAAGCUACAUCCUCGGCUUCCACAGGAACAGCGAGAACUGGAAAGUGCUGGACAGCUUGUACCAUGGCGCGACGGCCAUUCUGUACAUGAGCGCCGCUGUCCUGCAGGCCAACGCAACCAUCAACUCUGAGUUCGGCACCAAUGCGCCGCUCAACUACCAACUCAACUGCGCCGCAUCGUUCUUUGCCUUCCUCACGACCUUCCUGUACAUCCUCCAUGCCUUCAGCAUCUACUACCAGUGAUCCUGGCAGCACCAGAUUCACUUUUGCAAGAUGAUGUGGUUCCCCAGUGUGAAAGACCCUGCUGUCUUCCCAAGAUGUCCCUGCCCCAGCCCUGUCACCAGGCCUCAGGAGCAGCAAGUCCUUUUGCACUUCAUCACAGGAGGGAUUUUGCUGGCACACUGUUGGUGUGCCUGCGGGACAUUUCCUGCCUUGCCUGGGGGUUACACAAGGGGAGCGACUGGGCGCAGGCCCCAAGCCUCCAAUUCUGAUAUUCUGCCAAAUACUGACACCAAGGGAAGUGGAAAAAAAAAAAAAAAAAAAAAUCGCUGUUUCGCUGUUCCUUCAGCAAACAAUCUCCUUUCUUACGUUAUUUGCCUUUCCCUGGUUCAGCUCCAUCCCUCCCCAACACAAAUUCAUAACAAUGAUACAAGAUCACGUUCCUUGAC